AUGAAGUUCUCUCAACCCCUCCUCUUCGCUCUCCCAUUCAUCCAAUCCGCCGCAGCCCAGGGCGGUGGCAUGGUCGGCAUCGGAUGGUCCGUCGAGAACGUCCCCGACGAGGGCUUGUCUGAGAUAUUCUUCCCAAUGGACAUCUCCGGCGCUCCCCACAAGGGCGGCUUCUACUUCGCCCAGCAAUUCGGCUUCGUCGACCAAGACAACGUGGGCUACACUGGUCUGCAGCCCCGCGAAACCGACCACGGUCUUCCCGUCAUCCACGGAGUCUUCUCCAGCUUCAAUAAGGGCACUACCUCCGACGAUCCCAACUGCUCCGAUGGUGCCGACGGCGGCGCUGGCGUGAGCUGUGCUGUUGAGAUCGUCAGCUCUUACGAUCACCAAUAUCAGCUGCACAUCAAGAACACCGAGGGAACCAAAUGGGUCGGAACUUUGGUUGAUGUUGUCAAGGGAAACAGCACCCAGAUCGGCUCUUACACGCUUCCCGCUGGAUCGAAGGGUAUUCAGAGCUCACAGAUGGGAUUCGUCGAAUUGUACGGCUGGAAUGAUAACAAGAAGGAGCACGUGUGCUCCGAUGUGCCCAAGCAGUCGGUUAUUUUUGGUGCGCCUAUCUCUAAGGGCUACGAAGGAUCCCUGAGCGAGCCUUACGAGUACGGUGACUGUGUCGGUAAAUCUCAAUUCGAGACCCACAGCCACUCCGAUGGUAGCUACUCGGUCACUGUUGGAUGGUAA